AAGACCAUACACCACAAGUACUCGUCUCCCUUCCACCACCCAACCACCUCAAAUCCCGCCAUGUCUCGCCAUCUCCUCCUCCACCCUCCUCUCUGAGAUCACCAAUUCAGAGACAGCCCAAGAAGAAUGCCGCCCUGGAGAUCCCUUCUCUUCGCGGCAUUCUUCUUCUCCAUCCUAAUUCAGACCGGCGUGCUAGCCCAAGACUACGAUGACUACGGCGGCGGCGAUGAAAAAUCCGGGCAGCUGCCGAAGGCUGCACAGAGUUGCAACGGUAUCUUCUUGACAUAUGACUUCCUUUCUCGAGAGAGGGAAUACCCUUAUGUCAAGAAUGCGACGGCCCAAUCCUACGCCUUCAAGUCGACCGCCACGGUGCUCAACACCAUGACGGAGGACCUCAAGGCAUGGAGUAUCUUCAUCGGGUUUCAGCACCGGGAGAUCCUGGUGUCGGCUUCCGGGGCGGUGAUCACCGAUGGGACCGACUUCCCUGCUCAUGUGGAGAAUGGCACAUCGUUUUCGGGGUCCCCGCAGGCAGAUUUGCUGAAUGCCGUUGAUACUGCAGGGGACUUGAAUCAGAUGAUGGUGAAGAUCGACAUAACAGGAACGCUGUUUGGGGUGAAGCCGCCGGGGAUACCGAUGCCGAAGACGAUCAAGCUGCAAAAUGAUGGGUUCAAGUGCCCAAAGCCGGCUCUUAAAGGAAGCCAGAUGUAUGUGUGCUGCGUCAAGGAUAAGAAAUCCAAGACCAAGAAGCUUCCUCCCACCAAGUUCUUGCCGCGCCGGUAUGGCGACCUCACCAUCGCCUACGAUGUGCUCCAGGCCUAUGGAAACAAUUACCUUGCCCAAGUGACCCUCGACAACAACCACCCCCUCGGCCGGCUCGACAAUUGGAACCUCACAUGGGAGUGGAAGCGUGGGGAAUUCAUCAACAGCAUGAGAGGCGCCUACACCCUCAAGCAUGAUGCAUCCGAAUGCAUCUACGGUGUGGCCGGGAGGUUCUACAAGGAUUUCGACUUCAGCAAUGUCAUGAGCUGCCAGAAGAAGCCCAUCAUCGCCGAUCUGCCUCCCGAGAGAGCCAAUGAUACACAGAUUGGCAAGAUACCUUAUUGCUGUAAGAAUGGCACCCUCUUACCACCAACCAUGGACAUAACCAAGUCCAAGGCCAUCUUUCAGCUUCAGGUGUUCAAGAUGCCGCCCGACUUCAACCGGACUGCGCUGUAUCCUCCUCAGAACUGGAAGAUCACCGGCCAGCUCAAUCCGGAGUACACCUGCGGCCCUCCCUUCAGAGUGAGCCCAAUGGAGUUCCCGGACCCGAGCGGUCUCAUGGCCAAGAGCUAUGCCAUUGCUAGUUGGCAGGUGGUCUGCAACAUAUCAAGGCCUGCACCGAAGAAAUCGCGGUGCUGCGUCUCCUUCUCGGCCUAUUACAACGACUCGGCGAUCCCAUGCAGCUCCUGUGCUUGCGGGUGCCCGGACACAGAUACCUGCGACCCCGAUGCCCGUGCAGCAUUGCUGCCACCGGAGGCUCUGCUGAUUCCAUCAGAGAACAGAACAGCCAAGGCCAAAGCUUGGGCUAAGAUGAAACACUUCGCUCUACCGAACCCCAUGCCUUGCUGGGACACCUGUGGAGUUAGCAUCAACUGGCAUCUUGCUUCGGACUAUCGGAACGGAUGGUCGGCGAGGAUCACCAUAUUCAAUUGGGAGGAGUACACUUUCAGGGACUGGUUCUCAGCUAUUCAGAUGCCGAAAGCUUAUGAUGGCUAUGAGAAGGUGUACUCAUUCAAUGGGACCAAGUUGACGACACCCAAAAACACCAUCUUCUUCCAAGGCUUGGAGGGUCUGAAUUACCUGAUGCCAGAGACCGAUGGGAAGAACCCGACGAAGGAUCCAAGGUUGCCGGGCAAGCAACAAUCAGUGAUCACAUUCACGAAGCGGCGCACGCCGGGUAUAGACGUUCCAAGGGGGGACGGGUUCCCGGCGAGGGUGUUCUUCAAUGGUGGGGAAUGCUCGUUGCCAGAUGAAAUUCCAAGAGGAGAUGGGCAUCGCCUUCGUGUUAGCCUUCUGCCAAUGGCUUUGGCUGCAGUGGUGGUCUUUGUGUCUUUAAUGGGGGAUCUCUUCUAAAGAGUACAUAUAGUAUAUUUUUUGUUUGUCCUUUGAGGACAUAUUGAAAGCCAAAAAAAAAAGAGGAGUUAUUAAUGCUAUCUUGACAUCAGAAAAAUAGCAGAGUUGUUUCUUUUUGGACUGAAUUCUAUGUUUCAGAUUACGGUUAGUGAAGUAAACAAGUUCUCA